AAAUAUAAAUAAAUUCAACAAGCCUUUGUAAUUUUUUUCUUUUUUUUGAUGAAAAGUUAAUUGAACCAAACUCUGAAAUAAUGAGAGAAAAGAAAAUCAAAAUGGGAAAAUGUGUUUCCAUGCAUAUGGUUAUUUGCUAAAAUCCUCAAUCAUACUUGUCACGAUCUACAUGAUCAAGCACAAGCAUAUAGUUUAGUAGAUAGGAAAAAACUAGAUUAGUAGCUAAAUUAUUUCAGUAUUAAGUAAAAGGUCUAACUCCUAGAAAAAAUCUUGAUAAAAGUACUCCCUUUGGUGAACUUUACUUGAUUCAAAUUCAAAUUAAUCAAAUUUUAAAAUGAAUAUGAAAUUUCAGACGAAAGAAAGUUAUCAUAUUUAGCUUAUCGAGAAUUUAAGUUACGUAAAAAAAAAAAAAAACCUUGAUCAACUUUUUAAAUAAAUUAACUAACGAUAAGCAAAACGUGACAAUUAAACUUGAACGGACAGAAAAAGGUGAUUUCAUAGUGGGGAGUUUUAGCAUUUAUUUCCUUAUUUAAGAGGAUAGCUAAGGGAUCUUCCAAGGAACAAGGAAAAAAUGGCUUCCAAACAUCUCUUCUUCUUUGCUAGCAUCCUCUUUUUUUCAGCUGUCUCUGUAUUAGCAGAGGAGAAUCAUGGCCUUGUAAUGGACUAUUACAAGGACACUUGCCCUCAAGCUGAAGAUAUCAUCAGAGAACAAGUCAAGCUUCUCUACAAACGCCACAAGAACACUGCAUUUUCUUGGCUCAGAAAUAUCUUCCAUGACUGCUUUGUUGAGUCGUGUGAUGCUUCAUUGUUGCUGGACUCAACGAGGAGGAUGCUGUCUGAGAAAGAGACGGACAGGAGUUUUGGUAUGAGAAAUUUCAGAUACAUUGAGACUAUUAAGGAAGCUGUAGAAAGGGAGUGUCCUGGUGUUGUUUCUUGUGCUGAUAUUCUUGUUUUGUCUGGUAGAGAUGGCAUUGUGGCUCUAGGAGGGCCACACAUCCCACUCAAAACUGGAAGAAGAGAUGGAAGGAAGAGCAGAGCAGACAUUCUUGAACAACACCUCCCAGAUCACAAUGAAAGCAUGAGUGUUGUUCUUGAGAGGUUUGCCAACAUUGGAAUCAACACUCCUGGAGUUGUUGCCUUGCUAGGGUCACACAGUGUGGGAAGAACACACUGUGUGAAGUUGGUACACCGUUUGUAUCCAGAAGUAGACCCUCAGUUGAACCCAUCUCAUGUACCUCACAUGCUCAAGAAGUGCCCAGACCCAAUCCCAGAUCCAAAGGCUGUGCAGUAUGUGAGAAAUGACAGAGGCACACCCAUGAUUCUAGACAACAACUACUACAGGAACAUAUUAGACAACAAGGGGUUAAUGUUAGUUGACCACCAACUAGCAACUGACAAGAGGACUAAGCCCUAUGUGAAGAAGAUGGCAAAAAGCCAAGAUUAUUUCUUCAAGGAAUUUUCAAGAGCCAUCGCUAUUCUUUCUGAGAACAACCCUCUUACUGGGACAAAGGGUGAGAUCAGAAAGCAGUGUAAUCUUGCCAACAAGCUCCACUAAAGAUACUGCUUUUGCUGUGUGCUUGUACUCGUUAUCACUUUUCCCCUUCCUCUUGUGUAUAUGUGAGGGAGGUAGCGGACAGUGAAUAAUGUUAGGAAUAAGAUGGUUUUCACUUUUCUCAGUGUUGUAAGUUUGUGUAGUGGGCAUGAAAGUGGUGGUGACCAUGUUCAUUACAUUCCAUGUUUUGUUUGUAAAAUUCACUGUUUUAGCCUACCCUUUUAAGUUAUGAAGGUUUUAGUUUGAUGUGUUUA